CACAGUCUGGGGCAAUGCUAAUAACGAUCUAAUUACGUGCCUACUAAAACUACAGAAACGUGCAGCGAGACUAAUUCUUGAGCAGUCAACUGAAGUGCCUUCAAUUGUGCUUUUCCGUAAACUCAACUGGAUACCUAUUUUUAAUUUGAUCAAAAUGAGAAAAAUAUUAUUGGUAUUCAAUACUUUAAAAACAUCUUGGCCGCCGGAUCUUCGUAAAUUGUUUGUCUUUGUUCGCGACUCUCAUCCAAUUCCAACUAGAUCGUCUAUUACAGACUUAAAAGUUCCAUCAGUUAAGACUACGCAAGCAAAAUCCAAAAUUUCCUUCAGUGGUGCAAGUUUAUUUAAUUCUUUACCUUCCGAAUUAAAAGAUAUUGAAAAUCACUCAAUUUAUUCCUAUAAAAAGAAGCUCAAAACCUACUUUAUUCAAUUGAAUUAUGAUUGUAAGCAUAUUACUCAUUGUCAAUGUUACUCUCAAUAG